UAUAGACAGGCAAACAAUUAUCUUUGUAAAUUAAUUAUCAAUAUUUGACGAUAGUGUUUAAUAUGUGCGUUAACGUAAUAUCUGAAAAUAUAUUUUAAUUGAAUAAAACAGAUUUUAAAUUUUGAAUUUAAUAUUACCUGAAUUAAAUGAUUUCCAAUGUGUUUCCAAUAUUAUGCAAUCUUAUAACAAUUUUAUACUUGCUUUUAAAAAAUAUAUGAUCCAUCGACAAAUCAUUUCUUAUCUGUGUUUUUGUGCUUUUUCUUUGCCAGCUGUAAACGGUUUCCUUUAUCUGUGAUAAAAUAUGGCUGCCGCGUAGUUGACGAAAAACUGCCAAAGUUUGUUAGCUAAUUUUUAUUUAAUGAUUUAAUUUUAAGAUGUCUUUUUCUGAUUUAUACGCGAAAUAUAAUUGUACUUAUUGCCAAGAAGAAAUAAACGGUGUACGUGUAAGAUGUGCAGAGUGCAAAGAUUUUGAUAUUUGUUUGCAGUGUUUUUCACUUGGUGCUGAAAUCGGACCACAUAAAAAUGACCAUUCUUAUCAGUUUAUGGACGCUGGCGCUUUUGGUAUAUUCUUGGGUCGCAACAAUUGGUCAGCCAACGAAGAAGUAAGAUUAUUAGAUGCAAUAGAACAAUUUGGUUUUGGGAAUUGGGAAGAUAUAGCUAAGCAUAUAGAAACACGGACUCCAGAAGAAGCCAAAGAUGAAUAUAUAGCCAGAUAUCUGGAGGGUAGCAUAGGUCGGGCAACAUGGGGUAAUGUGGAAAGCACUAGUCGACCAUCAUUGCACUGUCCAGAUAAAGAUCAGGGGCCUCUCAGUCCCAGCGCUGUCUCACGUCUCCCACCCUUAUCAAUUAGCGCAGAUGAAGCUGCUCAACUUGGAUAUAUGUCAAAUAGAGAUGACUUUGAAAGAGAGCAUGAUCAUGAAGCAGAACAGUUAAUAUCAACAUUAUCACUCAAUCCAGAAGAUGAUGAACUUGAUGUUGCGCUUAAGUUAUCCCAAGUGGAUAUUUACACACGACGGCUGAGAGAAAGAACAAGAAGAAAAAGGCUUGUCAGGGACUUCCAACUUGUUUCUGUGUUCUUUAACAACCAGCGCAACAAACAAAAGACACUAGGAAAACUUGCCAAAGAGAAAAAAGAGUUCACGGAGCGCCUCCGCUGGACCGCGCAGUUCUACGGACGCGCGGAGCACACAGCAGUAGUAGCCGGGCUCUGGCGCGAGCGGGAAUUACGCGUACGGCUCGCGGAGCUCCACCGCUACCGGCUCGCGGGCGUCACGCGGCUCGAGGAGUGCGCGCACUACGAGCAGCACGCGCACCACCGCCGGCACACGGGCCACGCCGACGUGAGAAUACGACUGGGCAGCAGUGGGUGUCUGGACACGCAGACAAAAGAGCAAACGCAGAACGCGCAGCUGCAAAGAAAAAAAGACGUCGAAAGCGUCUCAAGUUCCACCAGCCCAAGGUGCACACGGGACGGAAGUACCGCAUGUGGCUGCUCCAGAAGGAGCUGCUGCAGCGCCGCCGCACCGCACCAGAGGCAGCUGCUCAACACUAACGAGGCGCAGCUAUGCAACAAUCUCAGUCUAGCCCCAGCUCAAUAUAUCACACUGAAAGGCAUGCUCCUGCGACGACCGGCAACGCCGCACUGCGAACUCGACCACGCGCUCAAACAUUACCUCCACGCUGCUGGUUGGAUACGAAACUAACAGAUAAAUACGAAAAAUCACUGUGAAAUAUUCGGACAUGUUAAAUUUAACAGGAUAUCAGUGUGAAGUGAAGUGCAAGUGAAAAUAAACGUUAUAAAUAACAGGGAAUCACUGUGAAUUCCUUUGGGCGAUAAAUCACUUCACUCAUGUGAAUUGGAAAAUGGUAAAAAUAUUGUGCAUGAUAAAUUUAUAGUGUAAAAUAUUCAUAGUUCAGAUCUAUGGAAGAACAUUCUGUGAAACUGGGUGAGUGUAAGUUUAAUUUAUCGUGAAUAUCGCACACCAAAACUAUGCGUAGUGAAAAUUGAUGUCACUGUGAAGUAGCUGUAUAGAAAUAUUGGCUCUAUGAAAAGUAAUUUGGCAUGGAUUACUAUUAUCUAUGUUGUAAUCUAUGAAAUGGUCUAUUAAUAAAUUUAUUAUAAGGGGUUAAGUGUACAAUUCACUUAAACUCUGGUGUUAAGAUGGCACUUGAGGUAAAAUUCGUUACAUACGCAAACACAUAACGUGUAAAAAGUAAACGAGCAUUUAGCUUAAUCUUAGCUUAUCAAUGUUCGCUUACAAGCUAUAAUUGCCAUCAUUGGUUAGAUACCCUAACUGUGUAUGGCUGUUUCAAAAUAAUUGGCCAUUUAUUGGAGAAUACCACAAGGCCAACUCUGUAUCUAAUUUUAAUAGAGAUUGAUUAUAAUUCUUGAAUAAAACUUCCGGGUCAUU